CGAAUGUUCCCUGGCGAAUGUUUGCGGAAGUGGAAGCUUGAACAAAUAAACAGUUCAAUUAAUCAUCUCUGUUGUAUGCGAGAUACACUCAACGUUUUCAAUGAUCUCGUUGUUUGCGUCGUUGGUUUACAAUGAAUGUGUCAAAAAUCAGCAACACACAUUGACGAGUAUUUAGUUAUUUAUUCUGCCCUCCCAAAACAACUGGAAACACGUGAGCUGACCUACUACGUCGUCGUCAGCUGAGACAGGCGACAUGGCGACUUCAGCGGGCUUCAAGGUUCUAUAUGAGCAUGAUGGAGUUUUUAUACACACCAACCCAGGAAGGAGUGAGGAGCAGGAUUCUCUGACUUCAGGAUCCCUGCGUGUCCUGGACCAGGAUGGGGACAUAGUGCUGGAAUAUAAACCCGUGGAGGAUGUUGACCACUCUGCCAUGCUGUGUGCUGCCAAGGAGUCUAGCUCUGUGUUUGAAUGGGGCCAGAGGCACCAGGGUUCGAGCCAAGACCCAGGAGACAAGCCUACCAGGCAGGUGGAGCACCAGCUGAGCUGUGAGACAGAAUGGGACAUGGUUCACACUGUUCAGUUCAGGAAGAAACCCAGCAACCAUGAAGGUGCUCCUCCUCAACCCGCUCCCAUCCCAGAGAAGAGUAAGGGUUCCCGGCUGUUGUUCCGUCUCAGUGACCUGGCCUCGGUCAGGGUGAAGGAGGAGGGCUGGUCCUACCUGGUGUUCACCCUCAGAGACCACAACAUGGGGGUUGAGCUGCCUGCCCUACACUUUCACCAGGGUGGUAGUGACGUCUUCCUGGACUGUCUCAGGAAGUACAUGCUGCUGACAGAGUCUACCACAGAUGCCUCCCUCCUCCAGGUCAGCCCCCAGGGUUAUAGCAGAGCUCUAUCCCAGUCCUUUGAGAAUCUCCUCCACCGGCCUCUGUACGGCCUCCUCCCAAAGUUUUCUCAGGACCCAGUCACCACUACGCUGGGUGGUUUCUCCAAGGUGACCAACUACGAUGCGUUCCGGGGUCCAGACACGGUGCUACUGAAGCAGAGGCCUGUCGGGGAGGUGGCUGACCUGCUGAAUGAGGCCAUACCUGGUCUGGACAUCAACCAGCUGGAGGAACCGGGCUUUGAGGUUAUCACCAGGAUUGAUCUUGGCGUGCUGCCAGCGGUCCGGCGUAGGGAGCCUGUUGGGGCGGAGGAGUGGAACACCAACAUGGACCCUGAGGGACGCAUGAGGAACAUCUCACACCUUAAACAGAUCAUAUUCAAAGGGGGUCUGUGUCACGUGUUGAGGAAGGAGGGAUGGAAGUUUCUGCUGGGCUACUUCCCCUGGGAGAGCACCCUGGAGGAGAGGAGGAGUCUGACCAGGAGGAAAACGGAUGAGUACUUCUGUAUGAAGCUCCAGUGGAAGUCAGUGAGUGAGGAGCAGGAGAAACACAACAGCAUGUUUCGAGACCACAGGAGUCUAAUAGAGAAAGACGUGAACAGGACCGAUCGGACCAACACUUUCUAUGAAGGACAAGACAACCCAGGACUGAUCCUGCUGCACGAUGUCCUCAUGACCUACUGCAUGUAUGACUUUGACCUGGGCUAUGUCCAGGGUAUGAGUGACCUGCUGUCUCCGAUCCUCUAUGUGAUGGAGGACGAGGUGGACGCCUUCUGGUGCUUUGUCUCCUUCAUGGACCAGAUGCACCAGAACUUUGAGGAGCAGAUGCAGGGAAUGAAGACUCAACUGAUCCAGCUCAGCACUCUGCUACGACUACUGGACCUGUCCUUCUGGAACUACCUGGGGGCCCAGGACUCUGGUCAUCUGUACUUCUGCUUUCGCUGGCUCCUGAUUCGUUUCAAGAGAGAACUGAGUUUCCCUGAUGUCCUGCGUCUUUGGGAGGUAAUGUGGACCGGGCUGCCGUGCCAGAACUUCCACCUGCUGGUGUGCUGUGCCAUCCUGGACUCAGAGAAACACCAGAUUAUGGAGAAACAAUACGGCUUCAAUGAGAUCCUCAAGCUCAUAAAUGAACUGUCGAUGAAACUGGACAUCAGGGCCAUCCUCAACAAAGCUGAAGCUAUAUGCCUGCAGCUGAAGAGUUGUAAGGAUUUGCCCAACUCCGUGGUUGAGAUGCUUGGAUUCAACAGCACAGACACUGAGUCAUCAUCCCAGUCAGAGGACACUGAGAGAACGGACAGACCGGACUCUCCCGAACCUUCUACACCGUCAGACGACCAGCAGGACUUAGUCUCUGAGUACAACCCCAGCGGCAACAACGGACACUUACGGGACGCAGCGCGUGACGUUUACAAAUUAGCCUACAUAUCGUAGCCAGCCUGGCGAACAGUAGUCGCUCGUCCAGUGAGAGAUUUGGUUCUGGUGGCUGAGACGAGGCUCACAGCCUGGUGAAAAAGGUGGAUUGCCUCUCUCCCACCUCAAUUUUUGUAAUGAUUCUCUGUCUGUUAUUCAUCUAAUUUUUCUUGUCCGAGGGUGGUCUUUGAGUUUUUAGGAUAUUGUUCCUUAUUACCCCUGACUAUAAGGUAUUUAGUGUUCAGCAGAUUGUUCCUUAUUACCUUGUUAAUCGCUCCUGAAUCGUGUGAAUAGUCAAAUGUAAUGCUGAAGUAGUUGACAUUUAAAUAAGAGGUGGAAGGGCUGAGGAAUGGAUAAGGUUUUAUAUUAACAGGGCUUAUUAUAUCUCACUGUAGUAUUCAGCUAAUAGGAGCCCUGCUGUAGGUGUAAUUCAAUUAGAACUAUUUCAUGAAGAUGUGGUUGUAUUAUCUCAAGGCAAGGCCCCUCUCCUCUACCAACUGAAAAUGAUUUUCUGCCCUGCAGCCUAUUGCCAUGGAUUUUCCACAGUGUACAAAACAUUAAGAACACCUGAUCUUUACAUAACAUAGACUGACCAGGUGAAUCCAUGACAUAGACUGACCAGGUGAAUCCAUGACAUAGACUGACCAGGUGAAUCCAUGACAUAGACUGACCAGGUGAAUCCAUGACAUAGACUGACCAGGUGAAUCCAUGACAUAGACUGACCAGGUGAAUCCAUGACAUAGACUGACCAGGUGAAUCCAUGACAUAGACUGACCAGGUGAAUCCAUGACAUAGACUGACCAGGUGAAUCCAUGACAUAGACUGACCAGGUGAAUCCAUGACAUAGACUGACCAGGUGAAUCCAUGACAGACUGACCAGGUGAAUCCAUGACAUAGACUGACCAGGUGAAUCCAUGACAUAGACUGACCAGGUGAAUCCAUGACAUAGACUGACCAGGUGAAUCCAUGACAGACUGACCAGGUGAAUCCAUGACAUAGACUGACCAGGUGAAUCCAUGACAUAGACUGACCAGGUGAAUCCAUGACAUAGACUGACCAGGUGAAUCCAUGACAGACUGACCAGGUGAAUCCAUGACAUAGACUGACCAGGUGAAUCCAUGACAUAGACUGACCAGGUGAAUCCAUGACAUAGACUGACCAGGUGAAUCCAUGACAUUAGACUGACCAGGUGAAUCCAUGACAUAGACUGACCAGGUGAAUCCAUGACAUAGACUGACCAGGUGAAUCCAUGACAUAGACUGACCAGGUGAAUCCAUGACAUAGACUGACCAGGUGAAUCCAUGACAUAGACUGACCAGGUGAAUCCAUGACAUAGACUGACCAGGUGAAAGCUAUGAUCCCUUAUUGAUGUCACUUGUUAAAUCCUCUUCAAUCAGUGUAGAUGAAGGUGGAGGAGACCUGGUUAAAGAAGGAGUGUUAAUCCUUGAGACAUGGAUUGUGUACCAUUCAGAGGGUGAAGGGUCAAGACAAAAUAUCUAAGUGCCUUUGAAGGGGGUGUGGUAGUAGGCUCCAGCCACACCAGUUUAAGUGUGAAGAACUGCUACGCUGCUGAAUUGACACAACUGUGGGAAACACUGGAGUCAACAUGGGCCAGCAUCCCUGCGGAACGCUUUCGACACCUUGUAGAGUCCCACGUCCCGAUGAAUUGAGGCUGUUCUGAGGACAAAAGGGGAUUGCAACUCAAUAUUAAGAAAGUGUUCCUAAUGUUUUGUCCACUCAGUGGUUUUCUAUGCCGCUGACAUCUGACUGAAAGAGACAUGAUUUAUAUUGAAAAAAUGUCAUUUUGUUUCUGAAUCCAUAUUGUUAGUCGUACUAGAAUGUGUGGGUUGGCAUGGCGAUAAUGUAUGUACAAGUAAUUAGAUGUCUGUUCCUCUGGACUGGAGGUUCCCAGAAGUUGCUUCAACAAACACCCAACCUUACAGCAACGUUUUUUUUUUAAAUGAUGUAGAGUUCAUGCUUAUUUUUUUU